UCUCCUCUUUUUGCAGGCCAUGGAGCACUGACUUGCGUGCGAUUCUGCAAAUCCCGAAGCUAUGUUGGAGCCAACUCAGACGCCCGAACUGGAGGAGGGCAUCGCCGGCCUGAGCAUUGAGGACGUCGUCGAUGUGGACUCGGUUCCAGAGCGCAAGCCGCACUUUCUCGACUACGAUGCAGUGCCGCCCCCGGACUUCGAGGAUGGCUUCGGAGCCAGUUCUGGAGAGCAACUCAAGAUGGACAAAAAGUUCGAACGCGACGGUGAGAUCAGCGACUACGAGCUGGCAGCCAGUGGGUACACCAAGAAGGAGUUCACCCAGGACGACAACACGCUGCACUUCACCCAGAGCAGCACUGCAGCCGCAUCCGGGGCAGUGGUGAAGAAGCCGGCGGCCAAGCACUUCCUCGACGAGAAUCCGAUUCCCCCGGACUACAUGCUGGCGCAGGAGUUGCGCGAAAUGCGAGAGCACCGGAGUCUGGACAGGAACUUCGAGCGGCAGUCAGCGCAGCAGCAGCAGCUGGAGGAGCUGCCCCCCCGAAACGGAGGCGGAUCCCCGGCUAGUGCGGGCAGGCCCUCUCGCAGCAAGGAACCAUCCUAUACGCUCUCGAGGUUUCUGGACGGCGACCAUCCGCCUGUGUCCCGGUUGCCAAAGGGAGCCGCCUGGACCACGAGCUUUGACGAACGGUACACCACCUCGGCAGUGGACGCCACCCUGGGCUCCAAGGUCGAAUGCGUCUACUCGCUUCUCUCCAUGCUGGGCUCUAACGAUCCCCUUGAGAUGGCAAAGAAGUUCUUGGAGCUAUCCGGAAACGCCCAGAGCUGUGCCACUUUACGGCGCUCCGGCUGCAUGCCCCUUCUGGUCCAGAUGAUGCAUGCCCCGGACAACGAGCCGGAAGUGCGGAAGUAUGCCAGCCAGGCGCUGCACAAUGUAGUGCACAGCCACCCGGACGAGAAGGCUGGCAGGCGGGAGGCCAAGGUGCUGCGACUGCUGGACCAAAUCCAGGACUACUGCUCCUUCCUGAAGACGCUGCUCCAAAGCGGCGGGGAGGCCAUAGCCGACGACUCGGACCGCCAUCCUCUGGCGGCGAUAUCUUCCCUGAUGAAGGUCAGUUUCGACGAGGAGCACCGGCAUGCCAUGUGCGAGCUUGGGGCGCUGCACGCCAUCCCCAACCUGGUCCAUCUGGAUCACGCGGUGCACGGCCCCAAGCCGGAGGAACAAUGCUGCAACUCACUGCGGCGGUACGCCCUCAUGGCCCUAACCAAUCUGACCUUCGGGGACGAGAACAACAAAGCCCUGCUGUGCGGCCAGAAGCAGUUCAUGGAGGCCCUGGUGGCCCAGCUGGACUCUGCCCCCGACGAUCUCCUCCAGGUGACGGCUAGUGUCCUGCGCAACCUGUCCUGGCGGGCGGACAGCAACAUGAAGGCGGUUCUGAACGAGAUCGGCACAGUUACGGCACUGGCGCUGGCUGCCAUGCGGAACAAGAGCGAGAACACCCUGAAGGCUAUUCUCUCGGCCCUCUGGAACCUCUCGGCGCACUGCAGCACCAACAAGGCGGAGUUCUGUGCCGUGGACGGGGCCCUGGCCUUCCUGGUCGGGAUGCUCAGCUAUGAGGGUCCCAGCAAGACCCUGAAAAUCAUCGAAAACGCUGGCGGUAUCUUGCGAAAUGUGUCCAGUCACAUAGCAGUGUGCGAACCAUACCGACAGAUCCUGCGCCAGCACAACUGCCUGGCCAUUCUUCUGCAGCAACUGAAGUCCGAGAGCCUGACGGUGGUGAGCAAUUCGUGUGGCACUCUGUGGAACCUCUCAGCCCGCUCCCCCGAGGACCAGAAAUUCCUCUGGGACAAUGGAGCCGUGCCCAUGUUGCGGUCCUUAAUUCACUCCAAGCACGCCAUGAUCUCGGAGGGCAGUUCCUCGGCUCUGAAGAACCUGCUGAACUUCCGCCCGGCUGUGCAGAACCAGCAUCAACUUGAUCCCAUUGCCCGAUCAAUGGGACUUAAGGCGUUGCCCACUUUGGAGGCGCGAAAGGCCAAGGCACUGCAGCAGGAGCUGGGCGAGCGGCAGACCUCAGAGACGUGCGACAACCUGGACUCGGGCGGAAAGAUCUCCAAGGAGCGCGCGUCCAGUUCCUCCCGAAGGCAUCCAGCAGUUCCCCGACUAACUCGUUCCACAAUGCUCACCAAAAGCGAGAGCCGGGAUUCAGUUUACUCCGCCAAGUCGGACUCUGCCUACGAGCACCUGAUGCGGUCUGCGUCGGCUUCCGAUGCCCACAGGAAGAAGCCGCCCAAGAUCACCGAUUUCGAGCUGGAAAUGGAGCCGGAUGGCGAGGCCACCGAGGAGCAGCCCAUCGACUACUCGGCCAAGUACAGCGAAAGCGCCACCAAGAGCGCCACAUAUCAGGAGACGGACCUGGAUCAGCCAACUGACUUCAGCCUGCGCUACGCGGAGAACCAACUCGAGUCUGAACUAGACAUAUCAGCAUCGGCAGCGGGCCAGAAGAGCACAACGACGCCUCCGAUUCCCACUGGAGAGGCCAAAGCUGAGGGCCAGGAGAUUCUGCUGAUCUUGGAGGACUCUGUCAAGUGCUACCAGACGGAGGACACCCCGUAUGUCAUCUCCAACGCGGCCUCUGUGACUGAUCUCCGCCUGGCAGCCAAAACGGAAGCGGAGGCAGAGUCCAAACCGGAGGUGGUUUCCAAGGAGGCCACUGCUAAGAAGCCUACCAAGCUGCCGCAGUGCGGAUCUGGAUCCUACACCCCCGAGAAGCCAAUAAACUACUGCGAAGAGGGCACUCCUGGCUACUUCAGUCGCUAUGAUUCGCUGAGCAGCUUGGAUGAGCUGGGAAAGGCCAACCAAGCACCUGUCUCCACAGAGGCAGUCGAACCGGAAUUGAAACCAAAGGAACUAGGAGAGGAGUCGCAGCCCACUGAACAGGUGAUGGCUAAGGCUCCAGGCACCCAGGCAAACUCAGCUUUGGAGACGCCGCUGAUGUUCUCGCGGCGGAGCUCAAUGGACUCCCUGGUGCACGAUCCGGACGUGGAUGUGGCCAACUGCGACGACAAGAGCUCGGUGGUUAGUGACUUCAGUCGCCUUGCCAGUGGCGUCAUUUCCCCAUCAGAGAUUCCCGAUUCCCCCACCCAAAGCAUGCCCCAAUCGCCCAGGAGGAACAGUGUUGCCGGUUCGGGGUCCGGAGUUAAUGUGGACGCGGCCUCGGCUUCCGUCCCAGCCAGCCAGCGGCCCCUGCGCAGUGUCUUUGAGGAUGACUUGAGCAGUUUCAACGUGGAGCACACCCCUGCACAAUUUUCCACGGCCACCAGCUUGAGCAACCUGAGCAUUGUGGACGACGAGAAGGCACCGGCCAGCGUGGCCGAGGAGGAAAACGAAGACGAACUCCUCCUGGCCAACUGCAUCAACAUGGGAAUGCAGCGCAAGCCCGCUGAGGUCGUAAAGUCCUCUGGGGAGGGAGUGGCCGAGGAGACCGUCCGAAGCUAUUGCACGGAGGACACGCCGGCCCUGCUCUCCAAGGUGGCCAGCAACACCAACCUGUCGGCCAUAUCGAUGAGCUCCAACGAGCCGAAGGACGUCCCGACUGGUCAUGCUCAGAUCUAUGCUCAUCAGCUGUCCGACGAUGUAUCCUCCAACACUUCAGACUGCGGUGGCGCAGCCGGUCAGAUCUUGGAGCAGUGCAUCCGGGACGGCAUGAAGAAGGCCAAUACGGAGCCGGCACAAGAUCCCAUCGCCAUGCUCCGACGAGGUGGGACUAACUUGUCUACCUACUUACCCUCGGCCGAUGAGACCAACAAGUUCCUGGUGGAGGACAGCCCCUGCAAUUUCUCUGUGGUGUCUGGUCUGUCCAACCUGACAGUGGGCUCUAGUCUGGUGGGACCAGCCGUCCAGCUAAAGGAAGCCAUCAAGUGAGUUGUCCAAAGAUUACCGAAAGCCCAGCAGCCUGCUAAGCAAGAGCCAGUUCGACGACCAGCCAAUUGGCAAGAUGACUCACUGAGUUCGCUAUCCAUCGACUCGGAGGAUGACACCAAUCUGCUGAGUCAGGCCAUCGCCGCCGGCUGCAAUCGGCCCAAGUCGAAUCUUGGCUUCAGCUCGAACGGCAAGCGCUCCAGCUCGCUAAGCUCCUCGCAGCCCAUAGCCAUCAACGCGGCCUCGGCCAGCUCCCUGAACUCGGGAAUGACGGUGCGCAAACACCAGCAGCAGGAGUCCUACAGUUCGGUGGACUCCAGCGACUCCAACGACAACCAGUCCAAGUCGCUAUUCGAGCUCUGCAUCCUAAAGGGGAUGUACAAGUCCAAGGAGCCGGGCAUCAGGUCCCAGCAGCAGACUAUUGUCGGAGCGUCCUCCACUCAGUCGAAUCCCAAUCUCAAGCAGUUCGAUUCGCUGCCAGUGCAGCUACCAUCGGGUGGGCACACAAAGCGGCAGCGCCACCACCAUCGGGAGCAUCAUCAUCACAGGGAUCACAGGGAGCGGGAGCGCAAAGAUGAGAAGCUCCUGCAGGAGUGCAUCAGCACGGGCAUAUCCAAGAAGAUCAGCGCCGUGCCAAAAAACGUCCAGGCUACGUCUGCAGCUGCAUUGGAACCGUGUCACCCAACGGCGGCUACUACAUCAGCAAGUGCCCCCAGCACAGCAGCUCCAGACGUAGAGCACCAGCACCCGCGCCCGCACCCGCACCCGCACCCGAGCAGCCUCCCGACUCCUAUCGCCGCCAUCGCCACAGACACCGCCACGGCAAAAAGUCCUCCAGCUCCAGGUCAAGAGAAAGGGAAAGGGAACGAGAGCGGGAACGCGAACGGGAACGGGAACGGGAGCGAUCGCGAGACCGGUAUUGGGUCUAGGGAGCUGGACUCGGAGGACCGCUCCAGCGAUGAGUCAAACCAAUCCUUUAUCAUGGACACAAUGGUGAGGUUGGACCAGGUUGCAAUCAACGAAAACUUCAAGGCAUCCGGCGCCAGUGAGAAGCAAAAGGACCCGGAUCUAAUGCUCAAGUCUGUGGAGAGGCUGACUCUGGAGUUCGUCACGUCGGCGGAGCAGCUCCGGAGCAGCAGCAACAACAGCCACAGCAAUAGUCAGAAAAUCUCGAGCAGCAACAACACCUGGAACGAGAACUCGUGCCCCAACGACGUGAGCUUUCCCAGCAUAAGCCAAACGGCUCCAGUUUUGGCAUCUUUGAGCCUGGACGAGGACUUGAAUAAAGCCCAGUCCUUGCAAGAGCUACCGGACAUCACGCCCACGAAUGAAUGUCAGCCGGAAUCCCUAGAAGGAGGAACCGAUACUAUCGUUAAUAGCCACUCUGGAUCGUCGGGAGGCCUUAACUUCCAGUUGGGCGGACAGGUGCAAAAUGCCGGCGUGAGAGUGGAGCCCCAGAGACUGCUGUUCAAUGGAACCAGUGCCUCCAUGAUGAGCAACUCGACGAUUAUUGCUUUUGAGGCGCGAGCCUUGGCCGAGAAUCUUCUCCAGCCCUCUGACGAUGACAACACGGAGCUGACCUUCAGCAUCAACAGCUUGGAUCUCGAUAACGUACGUCCUCCGUCUGGAAUGGAGUCAUUGAACAGCUGCUACCAGGAGCACUCCCAACCGAGUUCCCUACGCCAGCAGCUGCCCAGCAAGAGUCCUCGAUUCGCCAGGAAGGUUUUUCCCGCCAACUUGGUAGCCAGGCGGGCCCUGGGCCACCUGGCGGGCAGUGCAGAGAGCGUGAACUCCAGCUGCAACCUGCUGGACAACAUUAAGCCGCCAUCCCUCAUGGAUGAGCUUCUGGACUCCAUGAUCAGCGUCGAUAGCAUCCAGUCGGAGGUGGUCGAUGGCGAACAGGACUGCAGCAUGGCCACGACCAUUUCGGUUUCCAACUACGAGACGGCUCCCUGCGAUGACCACACGCUGACACUCCUUCAGAGCUGCUGCGACGAGGAUGAGGAUGCCACCAUGAACGACUACAGCUCUGCCGAGUCCACGCCCAAGCAGGGAUCCACUCCGUCUCCCAAUCGACGGUCCCUGACUCCCAAACAGAAGCGUCGCCUGGCCAAGGAUCGCUACAAGACCUACACUAUCGCCACCUCCACCGAGCUGGAGGCCCUGGAAGUCAACGAAACAUUGCAGAUUGAGAUCGUGGAGGCGGCCGCUCCGGUGGACACGCCGUCUCCUCGAGCAAACGGUCGAAGGAGGGGCAGUGCCGAGCGGUACAAGACCCAGUUGAUCGAGUGCCCGAAGGCCCUGCUCCAGACCCAGAUCCAACCAGAUGACUGUCCCAGCGAAGAGCUCUCGUCGAUCCGAGCUAUGAUGCAGCAGUUCACGUUCAUCACGGACAUUAACAUCACCCAGGCGGCAGCUGGUGAGCCAACCGGGGAGGCUGAGGCGGAGGAUGCCCCAGAGUGCGAUCAGAACUCGGAAACGGAGUCCUGCGACGGGCAAGAGCCGGCCCAGCUACCUCCUCCCCCGCCAAUAGUAGAAACCAAAUCCCCGAUUGCCAAAACCAUCGAUUUGGAGCCCGCUACGGCCGUGAAGGUCGUCCGAGGCCGUAAGAAGCCUGCCUACGUAUCGCCGUACAGCAUGCAGAGUCAGCGAAGUGCCAGUGGGGCAGCUGCCACGCCCAAAAAGAAACUACUCUCGCCCACGAUUGCCAAGCGCAGUGUGGUGCCCACGGUUGGUGGGGUUAAGUUGCCUCCCAAAAAGAAACCAACGCCGCCACCAGAAGCGGCUCCGGCACGCCUGGAGCGUCAGGGUACUUUCGUGAAGGAUGAACCUACAAACACGAAUGUCCAGGUUCCCGUAGUGGAGACUAAAACCAGUCCCAGCCAUCGGGUUUCCAAGCUACCCACAAAGAAGACGGGAACCGGAGCUGAUUCGCCGAAGGGUGGUUCUCCGAAGAGAGUGGCUUCAGCGCCGGCUCGUCGCGUGACCCCCCAGAGAGCCAAUACCAGCCUGCGCCUGGCAGGCACGAAAUCCUCGGCUGCUUCACGGGCUGUGACCACAAGGGUGUCUACCACCACGCCUCCCUCCCGCAGCAACUCGAACCUGAAUGGCAGCAGUGCUGCCGCAGCGGCGGCGGCCAAGAUCAACCAGGCCCAGAGUCGCAUCGCCAGCAUCUGGAAGCGCGUGGACGAGGCCAAGAAGCAAACGAAGCAAUCGCCGUCCAACCUAAGGACACAACAAACGAAAUCUUCCAACACGCUCAACGGAAACGGAACGAAGCCGACCCUCUUGCGCAGCUCCACGUUUGACAAUUCACCACCGGUGGCUGCACCGGCGUCCGGAAUCGGGAGGUCCAAGCUGCCCGUGGUCGGGUCCCGAAAGUGAAGGGAAUCUUAGGAAUGAUAGCGCUUAGGCGGAUUUGUAAUUGAGACGCAUUUUUGUGAAACGGAACACGCACAGAUCCACAGAUCCACAAGCCGAGAACAAGUCAGAGUGAAAAUCAAAGAGUUUUUAGGAUAGAAGGCAAUAUACAAACCUAUAUAUAAUCACUAUACUACUCCUUCUACUUUAUAUAUAUACGUGUAGAACCUAGAGUUAGCCCUAGCCAGCCCUAGUAACUUGAAACUAAUCCAAGUCACAGUCAGUGAAGGAGCUCCGGAACGCUCCAGAACGUGUGUAGCCAAAUGUAUUGCAUACUAUAGAUGCACUAGAUCAGGCCUUUCAACGUGUGUACAACUCUCUUAUAUAUACAAAGUGUAUACAGGCAUAUAUAUAAUUGCUAUAUAUUCGAUUUGUCGCGUAGUCAGGAGAAGGUU